AUGAAGGGAGAGAGAGAUCCCAAACAUCGUCACAUCUCCAUUACUCCCAAGUCCGCCCUAGCAAUUAUCCCUCCCAAAAAAGUCAUCAAAGCUCUUUUCGAUUACACACCUGAACCCGGAACCAUUCAAGAAUUAGCUUUCAGCAAGGGAGACUUCUUUCACGUUAUCAGCAGGGAGGACGACUUGGAUUGGUACGAGGCUUGUAAUCCGCUCAUCCCUAGUGCCCGGGGGCUCGUGCCCGUAUCCUUCUUCGAAGUCAUCGGCAAAAACGAAAGGGAUAGUGGGGGUUCGGUCGAUCAGCAUAAAAAGGACCACCACGACUCUGGUUUCGCCGACCGCAGUCCCGCCUCCGUCUCCGAUAACUCUCCUCUCGCCAACGUCAACAACCGUCAACCCGUUUUUAGGAUGUCUGCCAUCGCCAAGGGCCAGGGCGCUAUGGUCUAUGGAAUCGUGCAAUACGAUUUCCAGGCUGAGCGGCCCGAUGAGCUCGAUGCUCGCGCUGGUGAGGCCAUUAUUGUGAUCGCCCAGUCAAAUCCGGAAUGGUUUGUCGCAAAACCCAUUGGGCGUUUGGGCGGCCCCGGUCUGAUUCCUGUCUCCUUUAUCGAACUGCGCGACAUGCAGUCUGGCCAGGCUGUAACCGACCCCCUCGAGGCGGUGCGCCGCGCUGGUGUUCCUAAGGUGGAGGAAUGGAAGAAAAUGACCGCCGAAUACAAGAAUAGCAGUAUCACCCUCGGCAAAAUUGAACCAUCUUCUACUGGCGGAAGCAUGAUGGGAGUUACUGGAGCCAUGGACAAGAUGUCCAUGAGCUCUGAGAAUUCUAGCAGCCACAUGAGUCAGAACGGCAACUCCUAUGGAUAUCAUCACCGCAACGCCAGCAAAGGUACUCUGGCAUCGCAAACUCAACAAUCACAGCCACUCCCAGCGCAGGGCGGCUACGCACCGCUUCUCGCCCCUGUCGCCGCUUCUAUUCCCCGUUACUGCUUUGAUAACGACAAGUACUGGUACAUCAUUGAGGCUCAGAUGGAGGAUGGCCGAUGCUGGGAACUGUCGCGUUACUACCACGACUUCUACGACUUCCAGAUUGCGCUUCUGACCCAAUUCGAGGACGAAGCCGGUAACCGAGGUCGCCCACGAACCCUCCCAUUCAUGCCCGGACCCGUUACCCAUGUGACUGAUGCCAUUUCUAAUGGCCGCCGACAAAAUCUGGACGAGUACAUCAAGAAGCUUUUGGGGAUGCCGCCGCAUAUUGCCCGGUGCCAACUAGUCCGCCAAUUGUUUAGUCCCCGACAGGGCGACUUUGAAAUCGACCCAGAUGCAUUUGGCCAGGAGGCACGUUACUCUGACAACUCACAGCACUCCUCUGGCGGCGUGGAGCAGGCUCAGACCAUCUCUCGCCAGUCCUCUCAGGUGCCGAUGAACGCUUCUCAAGAUCGUAUCUCACAACAACAAGGACGGAGCACACCAGGCCCAGGGUCUUAUCUUAAUGGUGGCCCACCACCAAUGAACCGACAACCCAGCUCUCUCACCCAAGCCUCUGGGGCAUCGAAUUCCAGUGCGAUGAAGGUUAAGGUAUUCUUUCAGGAUGAUCUUAUUGCCAUUCGCAUCCCCUCUGGUGUCAGCAUGCAACAUCUCAAGGACAAGCUCUCCGAUCGACUUAAAAUCCAAGACGAAAUUGUUGUGCAAUACAAGGACGAGUCCUCUGGCACUUAUAUCGAUCUGGUCUCUGAUCAAGAUCUCGAGAACGCCAUGCAGCGUAAUACCAAACUUACUCUGUUUGUCAGUAUUGUUUAA